GGGCAGCUGAGCCAGCGGGAUCUGCCCGUGGCUGUGUGGGUUUGUGGUGGUGCUGCUGGUCUGGGGUUGUGCUCUGCCCUGUGGCCAGACAGGGCUGUGCAGUGGGGUGAGGGGAUGGUGAGUGGAGAGGUUGGUUUUCCUCCUUUCCUUUCCUGCUUUUCCUGGACCUUAAUUGCUUCAGACUGACUCCAUCUCCCCCUUUCUCUCCUGCUACACUCAGUGGAGGAUGGUGAGGAUGAAUUUAUUAAAAAGCCCAGGUAAGGGGAGCGUGUGCCAGGGCAGCAGCAGGAGCCACAAGGUGCUCAGCCCACAAGGCUUGUUCUCUCACUGCUUGCAGUCACUCAGGGGAAGCUCUUUGCUCUGUUGCUCUUUCUUCUCUCCUCUCCUUAUCCUUCACUCUCCUGUCCUUUCCUUCUUCCUAGAGCCAGGCUGUUGGCAGAGCCACAGGCUCUGCCCUGUGCUCACCCCACAACAGGCACUGCCAGUGCUCAGCCGCUGCUCUGACCGUCACCUCAGGAGGGUCCUGCCCAGACACCCACCAGCCAGGCAGGCUGUUCCCAGAUGAGUGAGGUGUCCUCAUGCAGGGUGUGCAGGCAGGACCCACUGGGCACUGCUGGCACCAAGCUGGGGAGGCCAUGAUGCAGCGCAGCGUGCUGGGCACAGUGGGCAUGGGUGGCUGGUGGCACUGACAGCACCUUGCUGGGGGUGUCGGGAGUUGCAGGAUAAGGAACUAGACCAGACCUGGGGCACAGUGUCAUGGGGGUCCAUGGAAUGGCUGCAAGGCUGAUCAGGAGUGGACGCUGUCAGCAUUUCCACGAGGCUCGUGCGUCUCUGGGGCUGUGGAUGUGUAUGGGCAGGGGUGGGCUGGUCAGACACUGACUGUUGUGCCACCAUUCUUUCUGAUACCACAGGGAUGCCCGUGGGUCCAACUCGGGCACGGGGCAACAUCGGUGAGUGCCAGGGUCUGGCAGAGGUGUUGGCAUGUGCCAGGGCACCUUUGGGGGUGCUUCCCUGUUCCAGAGCAGGGUCUGAUUCUGGUGCUGAGCUCCUGCCCUCUGUCACUCACAGGCAGCCCCCACAGCUGCUGGAGCCUCCCGGUGACACUGUGUGUGACCCUGUGAAGCUGAGGAUGUUAGAGAACAUUGAUGACUCAAAGCCCCACACCUGGACGUCCCAGUCCCGUUCCUUCCGCAAACUGGCCCGGCUGGUGGGCGCUAACAGCAUGGAUGAUGGUGAGGAUGAGCCCGUUAAAAAGCCCAGGUAAGGGGCAGCAGCAGGAGCCACAAGGUGCCUGUGCCAGGCUCUCAGCCUCCAAAGCCACUUCACCCUCGCUGCUUGCAGUCACUCUGGGGGUGCUCUUUGCACUGCUGGGGGUUUUUCCCUCCCUCUCUGUCCCCUCUCCCGGGCUUGAGGUGUUUUCAGAGGUGCACAGCAGGCACUGCCAGCACUCAGCCACUGCUCUGACCAUCACCUGGGGAGGGUCCUGCCCCAAGCACCCACCUGGGUAGGGGUGGCUGGUGGCAAUCACAGCACCUUGUGGGAGAUGUUUGGAGGAGCUGGGCAGCAGCUGGUCUUGGUGCUUUGCGUCCCAUGCGGCUGUGAAGCAGCUGCAAGGCUGCUGGUCAGUAUUUCCACGUGGCUGAUGCCCCAUGGGGCUGUGGGUAUGGCAGGGAUGGUCAAACAGUGACUGUUGUGCUGCUGUUUUUUCCAAUGUCACAGGGAUUCCCAUGGGUCCAGCUGGGGCACGGUGGAGCAGCGGUGAGUGCCAGGAUCUGGCAGAGGUGUUGCCAUGUGUCAGGGCACCUUUGGCAGCGCUGCCCAGUGCUGCAGCCUUGGGCAGGGUCUGUGCUUUGUGCUGGCUGAGCUCCUGCCCUCUGUCACUCACAGGGAGCCUCUGGAGCCCCCCAGUACCCCCGGGUGUGAUCCUGGGAAGUUGCGGAUGCUAGAGGACGCUGAGGGCUGGCAGCCCCGCACCGGGACCUUGCAGUCCCGCUCCUUCCGCAAACUGGCCCAGCUGACGGGCACAGAUGGCAGGAUGCCCAUGGGUCCAGCUGGGGCACGGUGGAGCAGCGGUGAGUGCCAGGGUCUGGCAGAGGUGUUGGCAUGUGCCAGGGCACCUUUUGGAGUGCUUCCCUGUUCCAGAGCAGGGUCUGUGCUUUGUGCUGGCUGAGCUCCUGCCCUCUGUCACUCACAGACAGCCCCCACAGCCUCUGGAGCCCCCCAGUACCCCCGGGUGCAGCCCCGGGAAGCUGCGACUGAUAGAGGACGCUGAGGACUGGCAGCCCCGCACCGGGACCUCGCAGUCCCGCACCUUCCGCAAACUGGCCCAGCUGACGGGCACAGACAGCAGCAUGGAGGAUCAUGAUGAUGUGUUUGUUAGGAAGCCCAGCCAGGUCUCUGCGCCGGACCCGUCCCCAGGAGCAACGAUGAAGACUGAGCCAGGACUGGCCCCCAGGACCCCCAGCGCCACCCCCAGCCCUACCAGCCGCCCACCCUGGGCUGUGGACCCCUCGUUUGCCGAGCGCUACGCCCCGGACAAGACGAGCACGGUGGUGAGCAAGCACAGCCAGCCGGCCACGCCGACCCCCAUGCAGAACCGCAGCUCCAUCGUGCAGGCAGCCCAGCAGGCCCCCGAGGGGCCCGGCCGCACCCCGCUCUGCUACAAGUGCAACAAGGUCAUCAGGGGACGGUACCUCGUGGCGCUGGGACAUUAUUACCACCCCGAGGAGUUCACCUGCUGCCAGUGCAGGAAGGUGCUGGAUGAGGGCGGCUUCUUUGAGGAGAAAGGCUCCAUCUUCUGCCCCAAGUGCUACGACACGCGCUACGCGCCCAGCUGCGCCAAGUGCAAGAAGAAGAUCACUGGGGAGGUGAUGCACGCACUGAAGAUGACCUGGCAUGUGCAGUGCUUCACCUGCAACGCCUGCAAAACUCCCAUCCGCAACCGAGCCUUCUACAUGGAGGAGGGACAGCCCUACUGCGAGAGAGACUACGAGAAGAUGUUUGGCACCAAGUGCCGCGGCUGCGACUUCAAGAUCGAUGCUGGGGACCGGUUCCUGGAGGCGCUGGGGUUCAGCUGGCACGACACUUGCUUUGUCUGUGCGAUCUGCCAGACCAACCUGGAAGGGAAGACGUUCUACUCCAAGAAGGACAAGCCGCUGUGCAAGAGCCAUGCUUUCUCCCACGUGUGAGGGGUGGGAAUUCAACUGUGCCCACACAUGCCCCUGCCCUGCAUGCUCCUGUCCCCCUGCCCUGCUGGCCCCAGGGAGCCAGGCUGGGCCCUUGGCCCUUUCCUUUGCUCCUGCCUCUUCCUGGCACCCCCUGGCUCAACUCCAGCCAGAUACAGUGCUGGGUCCAGAGCCCCUUACAGCUGGGUGACUUCCUGUAUGCUUAACUGGCCCUAGGAGGCCUGGCAAGGGGAUGCUGCAUGGAUCUCCUGCCCCUGAGCCACACGGUGGGCACAACCAUGCUGAGGCAGGAAUUGGAGGGGGUCUGCCACAGCUGGGCUGCUCCCUUUGCUGCCUGGCAGCUCAGUGCUGGAGCAGGGGUACUCCUUACACAUCCCUGAGCGGGUGAGGACCAGCUCCUGUCUCACUCUUCCCCCCCCGUUCCCAGCUGUGCGCUUUGGGGCUGGAGACCCGGCCCUACUCCCCUGCUGGGGCCCUGCCCGUGACAACCCACCAGCCACCCCUCAAACUGCCGCGGUGGCUUCCUGCCCUGUUUGCAUUUCGGGGGGUGUCUGUGCCUCAUUCCCCGCACCCUGCUGGCCCACUGCUCCCCUGGGGCUGGCAGCACCCCCAGCCCGGUGUGGCCCAGCUGUGGGCUGGCAGCGUGUGCUGCAGCUGCUCCUGCAAGGCUUGGGCACAGCUUCCAACCAAAGAGCUCUCUGCCACUGCCAUCCUGGGGCCAUCGAUGCCUCCCCCCCAACCCACACCCUCUGGCUGGGCUGCGCUGAUGUAGCCACGGUGCUUUUAGUGCCUUUAAUAAACACGUCUCUGCAAGUGCC